UGAGAAGACCAGGAAGAGGAUGAUAUGCUUUUAGGUGUUUUUGAAGGUAACCACCUGCUGUCAAACAAAAUGUUUUCACCCGGAGGAAAACUCACCUUUAAAAAUGGACUUGCCGCCCACUGAGACUGGACUGAGCUUCUGAGGCAACCAGAUGAGAAACUGCUUUCCGGAGGGCAACAUGAAAUGAAGGUCCAGGAAACAAUGAAGAAAUCAGCAUUGAAGCCCAAGUCUUUCACAGCCAGAGGAAGAAUGAAAACAAAAAGUCUCAUUGGAUGCGAGUGUGAAAGCUGUGUCGGACGCAUUUUGCAUGUACAAAGUGGUGCUGGCCAGCUUCCGAGGGACCGUCCAGCACGGCCUCCCGCUGGAAAUCGGAGACACGGUGCAGAUCCUGGAGAAAUGUGAAGGAUGGUACAGAGGAUUCAUUCUAAAGAAUCCUAAUGUCAAGGGAAUCUUCCCAUGCAGUUACAUCCACCUGAAGAACGCCGUCGUGAAGAACAAAGGGCAAUUUGAGACCGUGAUCCCCGUCGAAGACUCGGUCAUCACGGAGAUGACGUCGACCCUGAGAGAGUGGGGCGCCAUGUGGAAGCAGCUCUACGUGAAGAACGAGGGCGACUUGUUCCAUCGGCUCUGGCACGUGAUGAAUGAAAUCUUGGACCUGAGGAGGCAGGUGCUGGUCGGCCACCUCACUCACGACCGAAUGAAGGACGUCAAGCAGCACAUCACGGCGAGACUGGACUGGGGCAACGAACAACUCUGCUUGGACCUGGUGCCCAGGCGGGAGUUCAGCAUGGUGGACCCAGACGAAAUCAGCGUAACAGAACUGUACAGACUGAUGGAACAUCGGCAUCGUAAGAAGGAGACGGCUACGCCCGCGAGCACCCACCACCUGUUUGUCCAUGUGAAGAGCCUGAUGAGCGCCAACCUGGGGGAGGAGCUGGAAGUCUUCUUUCACAUUUAUGACGGACGGGAGAAUCGGCCGCUCAGCGAACGCUUUUUCGUCAGGCUGAAUAAAAACGGCUUGCCCAAGUGGCCUGAGAAGACAGAAAGACAAUGCACACUGUUUGUGGAUUUGGGAAGCAGCGACCUACGGAAAGACGUCUACAUCGUCGUACACAUCAUAAGAAUUGGGAGGAUGGGAGCAGGAGAGAAGAAGAACACGUGCAGUGUGCAGUACAGGCGGCCGUUCGGCUGUGCUGUUGUCAGCAUUGCGGACCUCCUCACUGCUGACUCCAAGGAUGACCACCUACUGAAGGUUUAUGCAUGCAACACAGAGAUUGAGUGGUACCAAAUCCACGAGAACAUCAUAAAAAAGGCCAAUUCCAGGUACAACUUGUCUGGAUCCAACACUGGUUUGGCGGUGGCUCUGCAGCUUCUCCAUGGAGACAUAGACCAACUAAGGCGGGAGUACAUGGGCCUCUUCACCCGCGGGGUGUGCAUCACCAAGAAGCUGGGCUUCUCUGACAUCAUUAUGCCAGGUGAGAUGAGGAACGACCUUUACAUGACGCUGGAGAAGGGGGAGUUCGAGAAAGGCGGCAAGAGCGUCGCCAGGAACGUGGAGAUCAUGGUUUACGUGCUGGACGCCGAUGGACAAAUCCUAAAGGGUUUUGUGGCUUCUGGCUCUGGUGAGCCGGGCGCGGACGAGUACCACUCUCUGGUGCUGUACCACAACAACAGCCCCCGCUGGGCGGAGCAGAUCAAGCUGCCCAUCCCCGUCGACAUGUUUCGAGGGUCUCAUGUCCGCUUCGAGUUUCGCCAUUGCUCCACUAAAGACAAAGGAGAGAAGAAACUGUUUGGCUACUCUUUUGUUCCUCUGAUGCAGGAAGAUGGCAGGACUCUGCCAGAUGGCACCCAUGAGCUCAUUAUCCAUAAGUGUGAGGAGAACGCCAGCUUGGCGGACUGUUCGCGCUACCUGAAGCUGCCGUACUCCAAGGCCAACCUUCCCACCAACAGUCUGACGCUGAAAGGAAACAAGGAGUCGUUCUGGAUCACCAGCUUCCUCUGCUCCACCAAGCUCACGCAAAAUGGCGACAUGCUGGACCUGUUGAAGUGGCGAGCCCACCCCGAAAGAAUCAACGACAGCCUCUCGAAACUGAAGGAGAUAGACGGCUCGGAGAUCGUCAAAUUUCUCCAGGACACCUUGGACACUCUCUUCGGCAUUCUAGACGAGAGCUCCCAGAGAUACAGCCUCAAGGUGUUUGAUUCACUCGUUCAUAUCAUCAACCUCCUCCAGGACAGUAAAUUCCAGCACUUCAAACCGGUCAUGGACACCUACAUCGAGAGUCACUUUGCCGGAGCGCUGUCCUACAGGGACCUGAUCAAAGUGCUGAAGUGGUACGUGGAUCGCAUCGUCGAGGCAGAGCACCAGGAUCACAUACAGCAAGUACUGAAGGCCAGCGACUACAUCUUCAAGUACAUCAUCCAGUCUCGCCGGCUCUUCUCUUUGGCCACCGGAGGCCAGAACGAGGAGGAGUUCAGAGCCUGCAUCCUGGAGCUCUUCAUGUCCAUCCGCUUCUUCCUAUCCCAGGAGAGCAAAGGCAUCAGUCCAGUCACCCAGACACAGGCGGUGUUCCUGCGGACGUUCCCGGCCAUCUACAGCGAGCUGCUGAAGUUCUUCACCGUGCGGGACGUGGCCGGGUUCGUCAGGGAGACGCUGGCCAGCCUGCCCGCCGUGGUACAGGCCGACAGCCCCCUGGAGGCGGUCAAGCUGCAGUGCAUCUCCAAGACGGUGGAAAGCCAGCUUUACAUUAACCCAGAGUCCCGAUGCAUCCUGCUACCCGUCGUGCUGCGGGUGCUGCACACCUGCCUGCAGGAGCAGAGAGACCUGGUCAUGUGUGCGCGCAUCUUCACCAGCAUGCUGUCCCUCAUUAAGAAGGAGGAAAACGGCGCCGUGGAGCCUGCUGUGUCAGAGGAAGUGGAGCUAAUAGUGGAAAGCCUGCUGGAAGUGCUGCUGAGGACCAUCCUGGAAAUCAGCAACCGGCCCCAGCCUGCUGGGCCUGCCAUGAGACUGCAGUUUCAGGAUGUCACUGGUGAGUUUGUGGCGUGUUUGUUGGCACUCCUGAGACACAUGAGUGACAAACACUACCAGAAGCUGCUGCAGGCAUUCAGCAGCAAAGACGACUUGAGGGACUUCCUGCUUCACGUCUUCACAGUCUUCAGAAUCCUAAUCAGACCCGAAAUGUUUCCCAAAGACUGGACUGUCAUGCGACUCGUCACGAACAACGUUAUCAUCACAACCGUCCUCUACCUUUCUGACGCCCUGAGGAAGAAUUUCCUCAACGACAAGUUUGAUUACAAGGUUUGGGACUCGUAUUUCUACCUGUCUGUAAUAUUCAUCAACCAGCCUUGUCUUCAGCUUGAGUCCUUCUCGCCCUCUAAGAGGAAGAAGAUUCUGGAGAAGUAUGGAGACAUGAGAGUGAUGAUGGGUUGUGAGAUCUUCAGCAUGUGGCAGAAUUUAGGGGAGCACAAGCUGAACUUCAUCCCGGCCAUGAUUGGACCGUUCCUGGAGGUGACCCUGGUGCCCCAACCCGACCUGAGGAACGUCAUGAUCCCAAUCUUCCAUGACAUGAUGGACUGGGAGCAGAGGCGCAGCGGCAAUUUCAAACAGGUUGAGGCCAAGCUGAUUGAUAAACUGGACAGUCUGAUGUCUGAGGGUAAAGGAGAUGAAACCUACAGGGAACUCUUCAAUAGCAUAAUUCCUCUGUUUGGUCCGUACCCUAGCUUGCUGAAGAAGAUUGAGAGGGAGACGUGGAGGGAGAGCGGGAUCUCUCUGAUCGCGACCGUCACUCGUCUGAUGGAAAGGCUGCUGGACUACAGGGAUUGUAUGAAGUUGGGGGAAGUGGAUGGUAAAAAGAUCGGCUGUACCGUCAGCUUAUUGAAUUUCUACAAAACAGAACUGAACAAGGAGGAAAUGUACAUCCGCUACAUCCACAAACUGUACGACCUCCAUCUCAAAGCGCAGAACUACACAGAAGCUUCGUACACCCUGCUGCUGUAUGACGAGCUACUGGAAUGGUCAGAUCGACCUCUUAGAGAGUUUCUUAACUACCCCAUGCAGAGCGAGUGGCAGAGGAAGGAGUAUUUGCAUCUCACCAUCAUCCAAAACUUUGAUAGGGGAAAGUGUUGGGAGAACGGCAUCAUCCUUUGCAGGGAGCUCGCCGACCAGUACGAGUCUUACUACGACUACAGGAACUUGAGCAAAAUGAGGAUGAUGGAAGCGUCCCUGUAUGACAAAAUCAUGGACCAGCAAAGAUUAGAGCCCGAAUUCUUCAGAGUUGGCUUCUAUGGAAAGAAGUUCCCUUUCUUCUUACGGAAUAAAGAGUUUGUGUGCCGCGGCCAUGACUACGAGAGGCUGGAGGCUUUCCAGCAGCGGAUGCUCAACGAGUUUCCUCACGCCAUCGCUAUGCAGCACGUCAACCAGCCGGACCAGACCAUAUACCAGGCCGAUGCACAGUACCUGCAGAUCUACGCUGUAACUCCCAUCCCGGAGAGCCAGGACGUGCUGCAGCGAGACGGCGUGCCGGACAACAUCAAGAGCUUCUACAAGUUCAACCACAUCUGGAAGUUCCGAUACGACCGACCCUUCCACAAGGGCACCAAAGACAAGGAGAACGAGUUUAAGAGCCUGUGGGUGGAGAGGACUACCCUGACUUUGGUUCAGAGUCUCCCAGGCAUUUCCCGCUGGUUUGAAGUCGAGAAGAGAGAGCUGGUGGAGGUGAGCCCGCUGGAGAACGCCAUCGAGGUGAUCGAGAACAAGAACCUGCAGCUGCGCACGCUGAUCACCCAGUGCCAGAGCCGGCAGAUGCAGAACAUCAACCCCCUCACCAUGUGCCUGAACGGGGUCAUCGACGCCGCCGUCAACGGAGGCCUGGCCCGCUACCAAGAGGCCUUUUUCGUGAAGGACUAUAUUAUGAAUCAUCCCGAGGACGGAGACAAGAUUGGCCGACUGAGGGAGCUCAUGUUUGAACAGGCGCACAUCUUGGAAUACGGCCUCGCUGUGCACGAGAAGUACGUUCCCCAAGACAUGAGACCGCUCCACAAGAAGCUAGUGGACCAGUUCCAUCUGAUGAAAUCCAGUCUGGGCAUACAGGAGUUCCCGGCUUAUGUGCGCGCGAGCCCCGUGCCCUUCACCAACGGGAGCCCGCGGACCUACAGGAACUCCGUGCCCAGCAUCAUCAGCCCCGACGCAGGCAGAGGGGUGGCAAGGCGGAGCUACCCUGCAGUGAACCGGUACUCCUCGUCCUCUCUUUCAUCUCAAGCCUCCAACGAAGUCAGCAACAUCACCGGCCAGUCGGAGAGCUCAGAUGAAGUCUUCAACAUGCAGCCCAGUCCAUCUACCUCGAGCCUCAGCUCCAACCAUUCUGCCUCGCCCAACGUCACCAGCUCAGCCCCCUCCAGUGCCAGAGGUUCGCCUCAAAUGGCAGAAAAGCACAAGCAUUCCAGAGAAAAUGCCUGCCUGUCUCCGCGAGAGAGACCAGUCAGUGCCAUCUUCUCCAACCCCCUUGAUCCUGCACAGAGAGCUCCUGCUCACCAGAUAGGCGACACCACUCUACCCAGGAGUGACCCCAACCUCUCGGCACCAGAUAAAGUGAGACCCACUCCCAGUAGCUGGAGCCUAGACAGCGUCAAAGAGCGCUCGCCGUCCUUCUCUGACAAUGUCUCCAAACCCAUAUGCCCUCCCAUCCCUCCCAGGCCACAGCACCAAGCUUCCUCCGCUAAAAACGCCAGGUCGCAGUCGCCGGGUCCCAUGUCCAGAUCGCCGCAGAAGUCCGCCGUGCCACCUUUCACCCCUUCCCCCACCGAGUGCCAGUCCACCAGCCUGGUCUCCAACUCGCCCGUCCUGUCCGGCAGCUACAGCAGCGGCAUCUCGUCUCUGAGCCGCUGCAGCGUGUCCGAAGCUUCGGGCACCGAGCUGCCCACCGGCGACCACCUGCCGCACCCUCUGCCGCCGCCCGCCCCGCUGCCGAACUCCUUCUCCAGCAGCUCCGACGAGCCCAUCCGCCGGGAGAACAAGACCCCGCCUCCCUACAGUGUGUACGAGAGAAACAACCCGCGCCGGCCCGUGCCGCUCCCGCACAGCCUCUCCAUCCCGCCGCAGACGGACCCGCCGGCCCUGCCGCCCAAACCUCACCAGAUCCGCACGGGCAGCAUGAAGCUGGACGGGAACGCCGACCCUCGGGUGCCGAGACCGAGACCCCUGCCCAGGAAGGUGUCCCAGCUAUAGGUGUAUGUUUAGAUGAAAUAAUAAAAACGCACACACACACACACACUGGCGUAUUUUGCACUUUUCUACUCGGCACUCACUUUUUAUGUGAUUCUCAGUUCGGCAUUCCCGACGCUCCCGAUAAAAGGGGCGGGCUCACCGAUUUAACAGGCGGUCAGAAGCUGGCAAAAAGAGAUCAAACUUACCGGAUCGGAAACGGUUCACUUCCACAUUUACUAGAGGCAUCGACUCUGACGUGGUCAUUCCCCACUGGUUCCUCCACAAACCGUGGCCAGUAUGUUUACCCAAAAGUUCUAGAAUUAAGAAGAAAAAAAUAAACGACACAAUUUUGAUAGAAACAAUUUCAGAUGUAUGUAUAUUGGUAUACAUUAGUUUUUUUUUUGCCUUAAGUAUUGGAAACAGAGUCUUUUAUCUGUGAGUCUUGCACGUUUUAAAAUUAUUUUUUUUGUUUUUUUUUUACACAACUCAGUACAUUUGUAUACUGUUUGGCGAAAAAAAAAAAAAGGUGCUAAAGGCCUCGAGUAUGCAUUUCGGUGAAGUGUGGAAGACAAGGGUGUGUUCUCAUUGUUAUAUCUUCUCAAGCGAGGGUGUAGAAUAUUUUUUAAAAAGAGCUUAUAACUUGAAUCAAUCUCAAUUUAGAGGCUGCAUUUGUGCCUCGCGUUAAAAUUCAUACAACAGUCGUGACUGGACGUGGGCCGGUGUGACACUGUUUUGGUACGGAGUAAAAAUACAAUUUCAGGUUACAAAGCAUAAACUGACGGAGCAGAAACAAAACUUGUAGCCUGGUUAUAUGUAUUGCAAAAAAUAAAAAUAAAAAUUGCAGCGGACUCCGAAUGCCUUGAUAACGAUAAUCGACCCACGACUAGUUGUGACCAUAUUGGUCAUUUUUGUAGGCAGGAAUCCGUCUUUGGCACAGUAACAGCAGGUCUGAGGCGCUUUGAGUGAUUUAAAAAAAAAAUAAUUAUUUGCCAUUUUUGCAAACCAACACACUGUCCUUUCUUUAACCUCAGUGAAGUGAAGUCAUGACGUCAGGACCAAAUGCAUGCUCUCCAACUGUUAGCCGGCAUAGGUUUAAUGCCGUUUAUGUGAACACACCCUGUUCUCUCUGCAUGACAUGUACAUGGUAACACAUCUUUGAGCGUGGAGAGGUUUAGUAGUCGUUGUGCCAAAGGAAACUGGGGGGAGGGAAAAAAAAAAAAGUUUUAUAAUUUUUACUUUUUACCUCAAAUCUCAAAGCGAAUCCGCUCAGACAUGCUUGAAAAACAAUUUUUUUUACACAAAUUUCCUUUAAAAGUCCAAAUGAAUCUCUACUUUGCCCCCAAUAAGUUUUGAAUCUAGAAAAGCACAAGAAAGAUUUUUUUAAAAAAAUUUUUUAAUGAACUGUAUAAGAGCAAACGUCAUGUUGGAGUUGGGAGUUUUGCAAUCAACAGUGACCUUAAAACAUAAAUAAGAGGAUUGAUGGGGCGGGAGGAAUAUCUUCAAACAAAUCAAAAGUCAAAUAUUUGUACAGUUGAGAUUUGCUUUCUGUUUAAUUAAAAACACGGACGUGAGUAGACUACACGACGAGUAGUUGCUCUGUUCAGCUGUUGCUGCGAUGAAUAGAUGUCCUGUGACAGGCACAUUUCACACUGUUUAGUAAAUUAGAUGGAACUUCAGAAUAAAUAUUCAGCAAAUUAACUUUGGGAUGUGGGUGUGGAAACUGGGUAGCUUUAGCAUUGUUUGUAUCUUAAUUUUUUAUUUUUAAUUCUAUGUUGUGAAUUUUUGAGAUUAAAUAUUCACAUUAAUCAGUACUUGAGAACAUUGUAAAUUAUGAAGAGAUCAAUGUAAGUAUGCCAAAUAUGAAAUUUGUGUAUUACAAUUAAUGUAAAUACUGUGUUUUUAACAAGAUGUAGCUAUAACAAUUUACAGCUUUGAAUGUAAUGUUGAAGCAGCAAAUUAUUAUAAAUGUUCAAACUUUUAUUGUUUUUGUGAGUGUAGAGAAACGGAGGUCAUGCACAAUGACUCUAACUCAUUUACAAGUUCAAUAAACUGCCCUAUGGAAUAAA